AUGGCAUCGGACGACGACAAUAGUAAAGUAAGUUGACUUAUGCUAUUUUCGUUUUGUAAAGAAUGUUCUUACAAUGUUUUGUAUUUUGUAAAGAAAGUUCUUGCCAUUUUCUGUUCUGUAAAGAAAGUUUUUGCAUUUUUUUGAAAUCUUACACUAUUUUAACUUCUUUUUCAGAAAAAGGUUCGGAGCAAGACCAAGAAGAAUUCUGUUCCGCUAACGGUCAAGCCGUUCUCGGGUAAGUGAUGCAAAAAGAAUGGCGCGUGAAGGUGCUUUUAAUUAAAAAAAAAUUUUUUUUGAAAUUUUAGUAUUUUAGGUUGUUCAAUUAAUUCUGUACCUCCUAACUUCAAAAAUUUCGUUUGAGGGGAGGCUCAAAAUUAUUUGGACAACAUGUAAUUUUUUUCUAUUUUUAAAACCUUGCCCGAUGCGUAAAGAAUGGCGCGUGAAGGCGCUUUUAAUUUUGUAAAAAUUUUUAAAAUCUUGGGUUGAUGCAAAAAGAAUGGCGCGUAAAUUUUCAGAAACACCCUUGAUCAGUAGCGAGAUGCCAGAAGACAAGGAUCCGAAGAAAGAUUCAAAGGAUUCGAAAGAGGUACUGAUCUCUGAUGACGAUCCAGUCAAUGCCGAGCAUCUGAAGCGCCGCCGGAAGAAGGUGAAGCCGGUUACGAAGAAUGCCAAUAACAAGAAGAGGAGCAGGGAUUGUGGCAACCAGGAUGUAACUUUUUAAUGGUUUUUAAAUGCAGGGGUAGAUAAUUGGGUGAAAUUUUUAAAAUUUUUUUUGGAUGAGGUAAAUUUUUAAAAAAUUUUUGGGCGAAAUGGAUUUUUUAAAAAAUUUUUUGGGCGAGGUGGAUUUUAUUUUUUGGGCGAGGUGGAUAAAAUUUUUUGGAGGGUGUAGAUUUUUAAUUUUUUUAUUUGGUGGGGGUGGUUUUUAAUUGUUUAAAAGCUGGGGGUGGUAUAUACUCAAUUUUUUAAUUUUCCAGCGACAAAAAGAAAGCGCAGCCCUGGGCCAGCCCAAGAAGCAUCGGAAGAAGAGCGUCCAAAAGAAUUCCCCAGCCAAUCCAGAUUCGUUACCAUCGGUGCCAGGCUCUUCGGAGUUCGUCACCACUCCUGAUCCCGCCACUCCAGCCACGCCGAUAUCCACGUCCGAGAAGGAGGAGAAGAAGAAGGUGCAGAUCAAGGGCUUUACCAGUGAGACUAGGGCUGGCAGUCGCGAGGUGGUGAAGCCGGACAAGAUUCGAGUUCCGGCGAAGGAUGAGAAGGUUGUAAAGAAGGUGGAGAAGGAUCAGAAGGUAGUAUCGAAGCCGAAGAAGAAUUCAAAGGAGCAGAAGGCCGAGCUGAAGCCAGAAAAGAAGCAGAAGUCGAAGCCGGACUCGAAUCAGCAGUCUGACGAGGAGCAGAAACAUAAUCCGAAGCCUAAGGCUGAACUUAAGGCAGAAAAGAAGCAGAAGUCAAAGCCGGAUUCAAAUCAACAGUCUGACGAGGAGCAGAAGCCUAACCCAAAGCCGAAAGCUGACGAAGAACAGAAGCCCAGUCCAAAGCCAAAGCCAGACCCGAAUCAGAAGGAGAACCGACCAGAAUCUCCAAAGCCACCACCCAGGAAGAAGGAGCACUACCUGACCGAUGACGACGAUCCCAUCUCCGACCUUCGCCCUGAGCCUCCACCAAAGCCUGUCGCUUCGAAGAAGCCCAAGAAGAAGUUACCACAGCUCAUCACCUCGAUAAAGCCUCGGAUGUACCCGGCAAGGCCUGCGGUGAUGGAUGCGGCUAAUGCUAAUCCUACUGUACGAAAAAUUUUUGAAAUUUUGAAAUGUUUUUAGAUUUUUUAAAUUUUUUGAAAUUUUUUUUAUUUUAUUUGAAUUUUUUUUUCGUGAAUUUUUAAAAAUUUUUUUUAAUUUUUUGACAUUUUUUGAAUUUUUUUAAUAAUUUUUGAAAUUUUAUGAAAUUUUUUGAAUUUUUUUUGAAUUUUUUUUAAAUUUUUUGAAAUUUUUUCAAAUUUUUUGUAAUUUUUGUAAUUUUUUGAAAUUUUUUUUGAAAUUUUUAAAAAUUUUUAACCUUUUUUGAAUUUUCGUAUUUUUUUCAAAAUUUUUUUAAAAUUUUUCAAAACCUCCAAAUUCCAGGACGCGGACGUCCCAAGCUGGGUAAUGGACCUGAAAGAUCUGACUCCGGACCUGGAACGGCCCAAUGCAUCAUCGGCCCCAGACCCCGGGAAUUCCACGCCCGAGGACCAUACCCCGGGGAACUCUACCCCAGUCACGCCCACUACUUCAUCACCAGCAACUCCGACUACUCCAACAACCCCGACUGGUAGCACGCCGAGCAACACGGACCCAUCAGAUGGCAAAACACCGCCUGACAACAAAUAG